AUGUUUACAUAUGAAACGCACGUGCACAAGUGGGCAAUUAAUCAACUGAUCUCUUUUUUUUCUGUAGCAGGAUGUGGGAGUAACAGUGGCCAGUCUGGGUCACAAACUAAAAUCACCCAAGAAAUCAUUCCAGAAGUUGUGGCCAUUGCUGGCACAGCCAGACUUACGUGUGUUGUAAGCCAGCUUCAAAGUAAUGUUAUUCACUGGUAUCAUGAAGAUCGGCAUCUCUACGCUGGGGACCAAGAGGUUAUUUUUGAUCAUGAAGAACAAAGGUAUGAGAUUGAGAUCACAACUGAUCCGGAAAAUCAGAAUACCUUAUCCACUCUGGUCAUCAAUCAGCUUGAACAGUCCGACAGUGGCCAGUAUAUCUGCAAGGUGACCAUUCAAGGAACUAACCCCAGCUUGUACCCAUGCAAGGUUGGGCUGCUAACCAUCCCUGUUAGACCAUAUAUCAUUCAUGCUCCAGCAUCAGUGGAGGUAGAGAGGGGUAAGGAUGUUAAUUUGACCUGUACAGCUGCUGGGACACCCACCCCAGUGGUCACAUGGACUAGGCUUAAUGGUAGCCCACUGCCGCUCCCUGGGGAGGUUUACUCCCUCAGUAAUACCACACUUUCCCUGCGAAAUGUAACGAGGGAUGCUGGAGGCUCAUACAGGUGCACUGCUAAUAAUGAUGUCAAUCAACCAGCCGAAGCUACGGUUAAAUUAGUAGUGGCCUUUAAGCCAACUGGAAAGGCAUCAUUUAAAGAGAGGUACCAAGCCCCAGGUUCAUUUGAAGUUACACUGGAGUGUAUAAUCUCAGGUGAGCCAUUACCAGAAUUUGCCUGGUACAGAGUGUCGGCUGACGGCUAUCGCCAAAAAUUGCAUACAGAUAAUGACUACAGUAUCGAGGUUGUGUCUGGUCAUGGUUAUCCUAAUAUGGAUGUAUCAGAUUCAUUUUUAUAUCUUAGAAUAUUUGAUGUCGAAAGUACCGAUUAUGGACGGUACGAAUGUGAGGGUUACAACAAAUAUGGCAGAACAACAAGCACGGUGAUGCUUUUGGAAUCUGAUGAAUGUCAGGGGCCUGCCUGUCCCAAUUUAGGACCAAGCAUCAGGUCAGGAUGUGAAAUCAAUCUCCCAUCUGUCAUUUCUGUUAUUUUGAUGUUGACUGCAGCUGUCUGUCUUGUCAGAUAUGAGUGACCAAGAAUCAAAAAAUAAGGAUGAGAUUCCUGGAUAAAUUAUGCUGGAGUGGAGAGGAGUGACGUGAAACCAGCUAGGGCAGUUUAUAAAAGCAAAAAGAGGGGAAUGUUCAGUAAAAUGAACUUGAAGAUCAGGGGCCUUUUUUUUUUUAUCUCUGCUUGAAAUUAUUAUGAAAAAAUUAUGUCAUGGUGGUGUAUUACAAACUAAAAUUUUUGAAGAAAGACUUAUUUUGAAUUGAAUGCAGUAUGAAAUCAAAGCAUGGCAAAGUUGGUGGUUUUGUUGAUUUUUUUAUUUAAAGGCAUUCCCUACCUUUCUUCAUUUGGCUGUGUGUGUGUGUGUGUUAAUAGGACUAAAAAUUGAAACAUUAAUAUAAAAUGAUUAAUAUAAAAAUGGUUUAUAGGCCAUAUAAUUGUUAUGAUAUUUAAGGCAUUUCAUGCAAGUGGAACUAGUGAAUCUGAUUCACAUUAAGAUGCAAAUGUGUGAUAUAUAUACACCACAAUUUUGAUUAAAAAAGAAGAAAAUAGAGAUGUACUAAAUGUAACUGAAAUGUUUUAUCAUUCCCAGUCAGUGAUCUGACCUGCAAUAGAUAUCAGUACUAGUAAUUUGUCCAGGCAGAGUGGAGGGUUUGUUUCUUAGCAUUGCAGCACUCCAGAAGAAAAAAAAAUAGACUUUAUAGGUCUUCAACUUUUAUGACUGGAUAUUCAAGACACAACCAUUGAGUAUGUUACAAAAAUAUAAAUUGUGUACUUAGAAGCAUAGAAGACGUUAGUUUUUGACUUGUAAUAUGCCAACAAUUUCCAUUAUGUUUUAAACCACAACAGAUCUUUGAUAAUAUUUGUUGAUUUGAAAUUCUGUGUCUAGAUGCAUUAAAUUCCUGGGCCAUUUUGAGAAAAUAUGUAUCCAUUCCGUUGUACAUUUUACUAGCUUUUGAAUAUUGAGAACACUGAAUAUACAAAUUGCUCAUGAUGUGAUAAUUAAUUUAUCUCAGUUUAAAGAUUCCUUAUCUUAAGAAAUUUAAAUUUAUUUGCUUCCAUCAUAUGUGUAAUUUCACUCAUUAUGGUUGUGACAGAUUUUUUUUUUUUUUUUUUUUUUUUUGUCCAGGGCCUACAUUAAUUGUAAAAUUUACAAAUUAGUAUUUUUGCACUGGUUGUGAAUGGAAAGAAUGAAACAGGAGUGUUAUAUUACCUGUGCCACGUACAGUCAAACAGUACAAUUUUGUAGUUAGUAGAAUAAAUCUUAAUCAGUUCUAAUGUUUUUUUCAAACCAAUGCCAUUUUCAUUGAAGGUUCUUGUAGGCCCAGGGCAUGUAACACUAGACGUUAAAAGGCUUACUCUUAGCAAUUUUUUGAUGACAAAGGAUAGCCAUUUCAUAAGCAUUGUAAAUACACAAAAAAAUUAAUAUAUAAACAUAAGUGGCCAGGACUGUCUAAGAUACCUAAUGUACUGAAUUUUACGAAAGAUGUCUUUGCAUGAUACUUUAUUUUAUUUAGAAAUUAUAAAAGGACAGUUUGUAUGAUAACCAAUUUUCCAACACGUACAGCAUAUAUGAAGUGUAUGUUGCAGAGGACUGCAUUCCCUGGGCCUAAUUUUCAAGAUUUAACAAAAUACAAUUAGCAAUUAGCCAUGUUAUUUUUAAUUAACAUUACUUGGAUGUACAAGGUAUACUUAUUGUUCUAAGAUUAAAGAAGUAAUUUUUCUACAAUUUACAGCUUAAUUUUUACAAAUUUAGUGCACUUUUAAUGCAAAGAAGGCUGUAGAUAUGAAGAAAAACUGCUGCUUUAUACUUAGUUUACAACUCAGCUGAUAAGGUUUUUCCGUUUAAGUGAACCAUGCCACUCGUGGUUGAAGAGGGGGGGGGGGCUAUUCUGGUUGUAAACACCUUUCCUUGGACCAUUACUUGUAAAAUGGUUAAUUUCACCAUUGUAGAUUGGUUGAGAUAUUUUUUCCAAAAAAAAAAAAAA